UCUCGAUAACUGACUAAAGUAUUAUCCAGGACAUUCUGAGCCAAGGAGAUCUGAUAUCGUCUUUAGAGGGCUGUGCUCUGAGACACAGAGCACCUUCUAUCCAGACCAGACCUGAGAGACCUAGGGAUAGGGAGUGACUGCUGCAGCCCAACACCAACCCAGAGAACCAAGGGACCCAGAGAGACAACAGCCCAGCACCAGGGGACAAGGGGAGACUACGACAGCCCAGAAUCAGGGACAGACCACUGCCCCAGAUCAAAGCACCAAGGACAAAGAGAGACGACAGCCACAGACCAGCACCAGAGCACCUAGGGACAGGGAGAGACUAGUUCCAGAGAUGGCCUCGGCCGGCCUGGAGAUCCUGGGUAUGAUCCUUUGUGUGUCAGGCUGGCUAGGGGUCAUGGUGGCUUGUGGCCUGCCAAUGUGGAGAAUAGCUGCCUACAUUGGCCAGAACAUCGUCAUCUCUCAAGUGAUCUGGGAGGGCCUGUGGAUGAACUGUUCUGUCCAGAGCACGGGCCAGAUGCACUGCAAAGUCCACGACUCCAUGCUUGGACUCCCUGUGGACCUACAGGCGGCCCGUGCCCUGGUCAUCGUCUCUAUGGUGCUGUGCAUCAUGGGCAUCGGCCUGUCUGUAGCCGGGGCCAAGUGCACCAACUGCAGCUCAGACACAGGCAGCAAGCCUCGCAUGGUGCUGGGGGCCGGAGUGACCUUCAUCGUGGCAGGGCUGUUGCUGCUGACGGCCGUAUCGUGGACGGCUAACACCAUCGUCUUGGAUUUCUAUGACCCAAUGAUGGAGGAGACAGGGAAGAGGGAGUUUGGGAACUCACUGUAUUUUGGAUGGGCUGCCUCCUGUCUGCUUCUCCUAGGGGGAGCUCUGCUCUGCUGCUCCUGUCCCCUGAAAGCACCCCAGGGUGUUAGCGGGGUUGGGUCUGGACCCAACAGGGUGAUGAACUACUCUGCGGUCAAAUACCCCAUGUCUGUCAAUGGAUAUGUGAGGAGGGACUAUGUGUGAGAGAGAGUGUGUUCAAUGGCUUUAGUAUAGAGACAGCCCCUUGAGACUGAUGGGACUAAGGGGAUAACUAGUGUUAUAGCGCCCCCCUUUCCUGACUGGGUUAGCGAAGAAUAAAUGCAGUAUGAACGAUUGGCGAUUAAUGCUAGAUUGUGUUUUACAUAUAUGAUUUCUGUAGAGUUGGAGACAUGCAUUUAUAGACAAUUCAAGUAAAUGUAGAUGGUAGCAUUAGAGAAAUAUCUUAUUCAUGUUUUGCUGUUCGGAAAUAGUUUUUGUACUAGAUUUCACAUGAAUGUUACUCAGUGAUGACGAUGUAGAUCAUGAAAUGUUUUAUUUAGUUAAAAAAAUAAAAAAUAACAUUUCCAUUUAA